ACUUUCCUUCUCAACUCAACAUUUUCACACACUCACACAGUACAGUUCAGUCUGCUUCACACAAUAGUGACUGAGUGACGGUGUGUGAAAGAAACGGCGAGCCGACGAUGUCGUUUAAGACGGUGGGGAGGAAGCUGUUGAGGAGUAGUAAAUGGCAGAGUGUUAAUACUACUAAUGUUAAGCGGCGUUGCUUUUCGGCGGGGAUCGCAGCGGAGGCAUCUGUGUCUCGGCCGGAGCUGCCGGCGUUCGACUAUGAACCAAAGCCAUAUAAUGGUCCCUUAGCCGAUGAAGUCUUCCAGAAGCGCAAAAAGUAUCUGGGCCCUUCUCUUUUUCACUAUUACCAAAAACCCCUAAAUAUUGUUGAAGGGAAGAUGCAAUAUUUGUUUGACGAGAAUGGAAAGCGUUAUCUGGAUGCAUUUGCUGGAAUAGUAACUGUAUCUUGUGGACAUUGCCACCCUGAAGUACUGAAUGCCAUCAUUGAGCAAAGCAAGCUUCUUCAACAUGCUACAACCAUAUACCUACACCACGCAAUCGCUGAUUUUGCGGAAGCAUUGGCAUCUAAGAUGCCCGGAAACCUAAAGGUAGUUUAUUUUGUAAAUUCAGGAACUGAAGCAAACGAAUUAGCAAUGAUGAUGGCACGGUUGUACAGUGGUAACCUCGGUAUCAUUGCCUUAAGAAAUGCAUAUCAUGGUGGAAGUUCCAAUACGAUUGGACUAACAGCUCUCAAUACAUGGAAGUAUCCAAUUCCCCAGGGUGAAAUUCAUCAUGUCAUCAAUCCCAAUCCAUAUAGAGGUAUCUUUGGGUCUGAUGCUAGUCGUUAUGCUGAAGAGGUACAAGAUCACAUUGAUCAUGGGAGUCCUGGAAAAGUUGCCGGCUUUAUUGCUGAGACCAUUCAGGGGGUUGGGGGAGCAGUUGAAUUGGCUCCUGGAUACUUGAAACUGGUUUAUGACAUUGUUCGCAAAGCUGGUGGUGUUUGCAUUGCUGAUGAAGUACAAACUGGGUUUGGUCGCACAGGAAGUCAUUAUUGGGGGUUUGAGACACAGGGCGUGAUUCCUGAUAUAGUUACCAUGGCAAAGGGCAUUGGGAACGGUUUACCUCUUGGAGCUGUUGUGACCACCCCUGAAAUAGCAAGCGUAAUGGCUCAAAAGAUACAGUUUAACACCUUUGGUGGCAAUCCCGUAUGCUCUGCCGGUGGACUUGCAGUACUUAAAGUUAUUGAUGCUGAGAAGCGCCAAGAGCAUUGUGCUAAAGUUGGCUCCCACUUGGUUGAACGACUGAGAGUUCUUCAGCAAACACAUGACAUAAUUGGAGAUGUGCGAGGUAGAGGCUUGAUGGUGGGUAUAGAACUGGUCAGUGAUAGAACUAAGAAGACACCUGCGAAGGCAGAAACUGCAAUUCUGUUUGAGAAGCUCCGAGAACUUGGCGUCUUAGUUGGAAAAGGUGGACUGCAUGGGAAUGUUUUUAGAAUAAAGCCUCCUAUGUGCUUCAACAAAGAUGAUGCAGGUUUCCUGGUUGAUGCAUUGGAUUAUGCCAUGUCUAAGUUAUGAUGAUUCAUCCCUGAGAAAAUUUGAUGAUG